GUGUGUGUGUGUGCAAGCAAGAACAGACGGGGACUGGCGUACCGAUGAGCAGGAGUGACCGUAGCAGAUGUUGAGUGUCCUCUGCAUGUUUCACACUAACACUCUCAGAGACUCAAGAAAUUAUGAAAGAUGAGGAAAUUAUGUUGCUGAGCUGCAUUGCCAAGGAAAUUUUAAGACACGAGAAUAAUUCGCCAGAACGCCUCUCAACAGAUGUGCAAUGCAAAAUCACAAACUGAGGCAACACCUAAAAUCACUGAGGAGCAACUCUACUCCCAUGUCAGUUGAUCAAAAAAAAAAACAGACCGUCACCUGAUACAAUCUGACGUCCUCAAAACCGUUGUGCAAUCUGUGCUACCCGAGUUAGAGUAAAUAGUACUUUUAUUGAUUAACUUUGCUUUUAAAUGGCAUGUACUAUUUUGCUUUUAAAUGUAAACUAUGCACAGCAAAUUAGACAACUAAGGACCAAAAUCUUACAAUUAGGUGCCGCCAAUGACUUCCCCGCAUCCCGAAAGUCUGCAUUGUCGGCAUUAUGUGCCGUUCGCGGGUGUGCACGCAAAUUGCGUCUUAUAGUUUAACGGUAACUAUUCUAUAUGUUUUAUGCCCUAUAGACUCAAUGGAAAUGUUUUGUCAUUUUGAGCGAGAUGAAUAAUACACUGCAGCCCUAAAUAGUUAUUUUAAUAUUUAUUUACGCCCUCCCCAUCUCCCUCUUUCUCUCUCCCACCCUCUCUCUCUCUUUUUCUCUCUCUGAUGAGAUGUAAACAGAGAGGAUGAGAGCUGAUUUGGUUCCCGAACUGUUGCGGCACUCAGUGUAGCAUUCCCGCCCUCCAGCCCUCAUACACACACAUUCACUCACUCACUCACACACACUCCUGUUUUGCUCUGGGCACUUUUUAACUGGGCAGGACAGUUGUGUACUCGCAGCUGGCAGAACUGAACAGACCGGACGAGAAGAAGGUGGAGAGUUGAUUUCAACACAAGAAAGAAGAGGAGGAGCGUGCAGUUCUCUUCAAUCAAGGAUGGAGAACACAUGAAAAGAGGAGAAAGGAAGAGCUCACAGGGGGGGUAAAGAUGCUGCCGAGUAAACUUUGCUUGUGUUUCUAAAAGGAAUUUUGAACCUUUGGACUUUUAGGGGAGGAUUUCAGAAGACAACACUGAGGGAAAAGUUGAAGGCUGGACUUUGGACAGAGGGCCCCUGUCGGCAGCAUGGCACCAGUCCUUCCUGCCUCCUGCCAUCUUUUUUUCUUCUUUUACCUCUCUUUCCUAAUUACCCAGCCCUCCGUCACUCAAGAUCCGUCCGUCGCCACGGCGACGGUGACCCAAGACGGCCCCUUCGUUGUCCCUUCCACGCUGGCCAACAAGACAACUCCCACCUAUGUGGAGACCACCCAAAACCCCCCUCAAGACACCGGUCCGUCCACCACCUCCAGUGGGGGCGACGCGGACGACGAGGACGGCCCCCCCGUCGGCGGCACGCGUUGCCAGGGUUACUACGACGUGAUGGGCCAGUGGGACCCGCCCUUCAACUGCAACGCCGGUGUCUUUUUGUACUGCUGCGGUACCUGCUUCUAUCGCUUUUGCUGCCAGUUCCGCCAGCAGCGGCUGGACCAGCGCAUCUGUUCCAACUACGACACGCCCAUCUGGGCCAACACCGGCAAACCCGUCGCCACCAUCACCGAGGGCCAGGAGGACCAGGAGCGGGACCGCACGCACCUCAUCGUCUACAUCAUCUGCGGCGUGGUGGCCAUCAUGGUGCUGGUGGGCAUUUUCACCAAACUGGGCCUGGAGAAAAGUCGCGGAGGAGGCGGGGCCACCGCGGCCACGCACGCUGACCACAACUCCAGGACACUGAGCAACCUGCUGAAGCAACAGGGAGCGGAGGUGAGCCCGGUGGAGAACGAAGUGACCAGUUCGCCCAGCGGAGGGAGAGCCAACGGCGUCUCGUCCAGGAUGAAGCGCAGCAGGAGCGAACAGUACCAUCUAAAUAACUCGGCUCAUGGCGCAUUAGGACAAGGCAUUCCUCACUCUCACAGCAGUCAUGGCACAGUGGGGCUCAACAAGUACACCUCUCUAAAAGCCGUGGCGGACAGCGCAUCUCACAGCUACUACAAGAGCUUCCCACUCAUGGACUUUGCCCACUAUCGGGCACCCUCCUUUCAGCCAGUGCCGUUGCAGCCCAAAGAGAAGUCGUACAUCCACGAGCACCUUCCGUCGCAAUCCAACUUCCACGCUCCCCUUUCCAUUUCCAUCCCCUCCAACCAUUUGGAGCACUCCCACCUCCCAAAAACCACCACGCACCCGCUGCUCUCCAACCCGGCUUUUAUUAAAGCUUGGGAGCCGGUCGGUCGCCACGUCCAAAGGCAGAGUUCGGCCCCGGGGUCCGGCCCCACGCACGCCUCCCACUGGAGACACGGCUACUCCACCCGUCGGCAACAGAGCAUUGAGAACAUGCCGGAUCUUUUUAGCCAGCCCUGUGGAGGGAUGUACGCGGGAGGCGGAGAAGGAAGCGAGGUGGGACGCGGGAUGCAUUUCCACAUGCAACAACACCCUUUUCAUCCGAGCUACUACCAACACACCAGGCAAAAGAACUACGCCACGCACAGUUCGACCGAAGUAACAGUCUGAGCGACUUGAUUGGUCGCGGUUUUACAUUCUGAAAGCUGGUGCUCGGGAAAACACCAGAGUUUGGGAUCAGGAGCCCAAGAGGUGAAGUGUGCAGAAAGAAUUUACCAGUAAAAUUGAGGGAGUCGAGAACAUGUGGCAGGCAGAAGACAAGGAAAGAACUUUCGAAAACCAAUAAGCAUAUUGCAUUUUGUUGAAAUUGUGUCGACUCGCUGGAAAAUGUAGCGAGGUUACUUGGAAACCACUCGGGCUCCUUCGGACCACCAUCACAAAUCCUCAGAUGAUUUUUAAAAGACAUUUUGCAAUUGUGAAAGUUGUUCUCAUCUUGUUAGAAUACAAUUAACUGUGUGUAACACUUUUGUAGAUGCUCCACUGAGCCUUUUUACCCUGGGGGGGUGGGGGGGUACAGUAUUUUGCAUCUCAUUGUCUACCUCUCUGCACAGCUGGCUUCUCCGUGUACCUUUUGCUUGGCUCUCGAGCUAUCCCAUCUCUGCUCCACCAUGUUGUGUUUUGCUUUUGGUGCCAUCAGGCCAAGCAUACAGGGACAGCAGCCCCCGGGGUGACAUUAACUCAACGGCGAGGACAAUGCCACCAUCAUGUCAAGUCCCAUCAAGCUCCAUCGGAAGACCACGGAGGGGGGGAGAAGAGCAAAGGCAAGCUCGUAAGAGCCAGAGGCUUGGACUCUUUUGAAAAAGGAGAGAAAGGAGAGAAAAGAGAAAACAAACUCCUGUUUUCCUUCCUCGGGGGAAGAAAAGGCAACGAGUCACUGUGAAUCUGAGUUUUUCACUACUGAACUGUCUGGGUCAUAAUUCGCAGUGCGUGGACCUGUGAGGACGCUCCCGUGUUAUUUUGACGCCUUCAGGCACUAUUGCAGUGAAAUCCGUGGAGGCGUUUCCAAGCCUGGAGCUUUCAACACGACUAAACCCUGGAUGGCAAAAGACACCAUGCUGAUCCACACGCUGCCGCGGAUACGCAACAGUUGAUCUUAUUUGUCGGUGCAGUUCGGGAAAUGCACAGAGAUGUGUUCAGAUAUUGACAUUUGUGGACUUGUGCAAGAAAAGUGAAACGUGGGUGACAUUUAUUGGUUUACGUGGAAAAAGUGGAAAGUUCUUUGCUGAAAAACAAAAAAAAAAUCGGACAACUCUGAAAUUAUGAUCAAACCAGUCAACAAUUGCCAUAACUUGCUUGCUAAACAACCUGCCUAUUUAGCUUCCGCGAUAAUAAAUCUCAACUUCCUAAUCUGUAAAUGUGACAAAUUCAUGCACGCACACAUACACACACACAAAAAAAAUCCACUACAUUGGUUCAUUUCUUGCUUUUUGAUUUUAGUCGCUGCUAGUUUUGAUAGAGACUGUUUUAUAUGCAAUCGAUGUUUAUCAAAUCAGAACUAUGUUGUUAAACGUCAAUAAUCAUGUGUUUUGUUCACCCAAUUACUGCUUCAUAUAAAUUCAUGUUGUUGUUUUUUUAACAUGGCAUUUUAGGAUUUGUGUGACGGUUUGUGAAACUCUUUUUUGCAUCAUAAAACUGUGAAUCUGUGUACAUUUUGUACACAAUUAGUUGUAAAA